UUCGAUUUGUCGGUAGUGCGGUGACCGCAGUCGCGCCGUGCGAUUGUCAAUUGUCGCCAUUGUAUCGAGCGAGCGACGGACGCGUGGAGCUCGCGCGGUUGAUUCGCAACACGCGAUACGAUAACGCUAAUCGAGUAAAUCGAUCGUGUAUAACAGUUUAAACGUAUAAUGAAACAUUUGUAAAUUACUAUUGUAUAUUGUUUGCAAUUAAAUUGUCAACGGUGUUGUGUUGUGGCGACGGACUGGGUCUUUGAGCGUGAAAGCAAGGCAACAAAGUGGAUCUUGAGUUACAUCAACGUGCCAGCGGUCACUUUAUGAGUGCCGCUGGCGCGAUGUGCGACCGGAGCGGCUUCGGGAGCUCCAUGGGCCACUUCCCCAUGGGCCCGAUGUCCGCGAUGGGCGCCAUCGGCUCCAUGGGCUCCAUCUCCAUGAACGGGAUGAGCCAGCCCUCGCAGAAGAAGACGCAGGAGGAGCACAUCAAGAGGCCCAUGAACGCGUUCAUGGUCUGGUCUCGGCUGCAGAGGCGGAAGAUCGCUCAAGAUAACCCGAAGAUGCAUAAUUCGGAGAUAUCGAAGCGAUUGGGUGCGGAAUGGAAACUUCUAACAGAAGACGAGAAGCGGCCGUUCAUAGACGAGGCCAAGCGACUCCGGGCCAUGCACAUGAAGGAGCACCCCGACUACAAGUACCGGCCGCGGAGGAAACCCAAGACCCUGAGGAAGGAAGGGUAUCCGUACUCCAUUCCCUACCCCAGCGUGCCGAUGGAUGCUUUGAGAGCUGGCAUGGCGGGCGGCGGUAUGGGUCAGGCGAUGGGCGGGUACUACGGCGCGGCGUACGGCCCGCUCGGCGCCAGCAUGGCUGCGGCGGCCGCUGCGGCUGCGCAGCAGAACGCCAUAUCCGCUGCCUUGACUCCCAACGCACAGGUCGGCUCAUCAAUGGACAUGUCAAAGUACUCCAUAGACGCUGAGAAAUACAGGAGUUACAGCAUGUAUCCCGACCCUUCCCGAGGGUACCUGGACUCCGCCGCGCUCUCCAAAGCGUACAUGUACAUGGACCAACAACAGCAGCGGUCCUACCCAGUGGAUAUCAGCAAGAUGUACAGCGAGGCAUCAGCCGCAGCCAUGGCGGGUCUCAGCUCCGCCGUGAACUCGGCCCCGUCGAGUCUAAGCCCUCGCUCGCCAGCCGAGUCUCCCGAUAUGGCUAAGGCUCAAGAGCGGACUGAAGGCAGUUCCUCCUCCGGGUCCAACCCGUCCCCCUCCCUGCAGUACUACCAGAGCUCGUCGAGUCUCCUGAUGCCGCAGUACGCGGGCCAGUACGCUCAGAGUGCGCAAGGAGGUACCGAGUUCCGGCGACCUCUGACCGUCAUAUUUUGACCUGAAGCUUAGUAUUGAAGGGGACGAGGUUUUGUUGUUUGUUAAACGUCCCUCAACCGGGACUCGAAUGCUGCGGCGGUAGAUUAUUUAAAUAUGUUUUGGUCUAUUGAAUUUUAUAUGGAAAUUAUCGAAAUUUGUUAGAUGUACAGUGUAUGUAUUUACAGCAUUGUUUGACGUAGGCGCGAUAGUUCGCGUUACCUGUAUAGUUCCUUAUUUCGUGUAGUUACUAGUUGUAAUUCAUUAUUAUUGUUAAUUGUAAAUAUUAGUAAUACAGAGAAAUACUGCGACUGACUUGAACAAUUAUAAACAGUUUUUAAGGACUCUUAGAUUUCGACUGCCUAUAUUUGAAACUAUUUGUCUAAUAUUUUUUUUGUUAAUAUCUGAUUAUACAUAUGAUACUAUGUUAUUUCUUCAAAUUUAAAGCGAUUUUGAACAAUAAUUAAUUUAAUUCAAGCAAGCUUUUUGUUUUUAAGAUUGUUUUUAAUGAUGCGAAGUGCUUUUGUUCAUAUUUGUUACUCAAACCAAUUAUUUAUGUAUCAUAUUAAUUGGUUAUGUUAUGAUUGUGAUUAUAAAAUCAUUACUCUUUUAAAGAACAUAUUUGGUUAUUUUGAUUUUUUCUCAAAGUCAGUCCACAUGUGAUCUCCUUAGAAAAUCAUGCGAAUUUGGUCGAAAAUUUACACUAAAUUCAAAUGUCCAAUGGAAACAACAACGACGUUUAUAUUAAUCUAUGUAUAUGAUGUAAAUAUAUAAAUAAGCUUUACAAAUUCUUAAAUAGAACGUAGUUUUGGGAUCGAUUUUACAAAAAAUAACUUUUUUUCAGAAUAUUAACUGUACAUACAUCCUUCGUGUUGGUGUGUUGGUUAUUUAUUUUAAAAUCGAUUCCAAUUUCAAAUUAAUUAUAAAGUUUUGUAAGUACCUUUAUAAAAAAUUAGAGUACUAAAUUAUUCUCGUCCGCACAUUAGCUAAAAUUAUAUUUUUAUUAUUAAUCCUUAUUAUCAAGCAGUAACCAUCAUAUCUGUAUAAUAAAUUGAUUAUAAUAAAGACAAAGAGGCCAAAAUUUUUUGCUUUCCUAACGCGUUGAUUUUACGGAUUAAUUAUUAAAAAUAAACAUUUAAUUUAUACCAGUGAAGAAAUAAAAAUAAUUUAUCGUAUAUUUAAUUAAAUCGUGCGGACGAGGUUACGAAUCAUUUAUUUCAAUAAAUCAUAAAUACCGGCCAUAAAAUUGCAUUUAUUUGUUGCCAUAUUAUUAUCAUUUCCUUUUUGUUAAUUGGUUAAUAGAUAUUUUUAUUAUCAAUCAAUAAUGUUAAUCAAGAUUUCUAUUAUAAUGGCAGAUGUGGGUGUAAAAAUAUUCAAUUAGAAAUAGAAGGAUUUUUUAUUUGAAAAUAAUUGUAAUUUAUGAAUAAUUGUAAGCUAAUUUUGAAAUUAACAAAAUUGUAAAGCUGAUUGGAUUGUAAUGACGAGACUAUUAGAUAUUGAUAAAAAUUAUUAUGGGUAAUUAAAAAAAAUAUAAAAUCGAC